AUGGCGCGAACCAUGAGACCGGACGACAUCAACCCCCGCACGGGGCUGGUGGUGGCUCUGGUCAGUGUGUUCCUGGUGUUUGGCUUCAUGUUCACCGUGUCUGGGAUCAAGGGAGAGACGCUGGGGGACAUACCCCUCCUGGCCAUCGGGCCAGCCAUCUGCCUGCCGGGCAUAGCUGCAAUUGCCCUCACUAGAAAAACCGACGGCUGCACCAAGUGGCCCAAAAAUAAGUGUCCGUGCUGCAAGCAAGCCAAGGAUCGGGAUGCCAUGGAGCUGCUGCGAAGCCCCUCGGACCUGGAAUCUGGCAAGGGGAGCUGUAUUGAGCUGGCCAAGAAGGCAUAUGUGAAGGACAAGAAGGGGCUGCGGGGUGAUGACUCGGUGUCCAUCUGCACCACCACCACCACCACCACCACUGUGGGCGAGUGCAAGAGCCUGAUCAAAAAGGUGGAGCAGGAGGAGAUACUGAAAUACCUGGAGACCUGUUACCCCGAGAUGCCAGGGAAUGUGUUUGUGGGAGAUGGAUCCACGUACAGUGCCUUGGAGAAGACAAGCUCUUCUCCCACCCGGGACAGCACUGCCUGCCUGGAUGUUGAAGACAAUAUUUUUGUGGCUCCUAAGGACAGUAUCAUUGUCUGUUCUUACAAGGAAAACAGCCCUUAUGACAGAUACUGUUGUUAUAUAAACCCAACUGGAGUCAACUCAGACCAAGAGACCAUAGUGUGAAUGAUGCAUAUUUUAUAUGUAUGUAUGUAUUUAUACAAAAACUGCAACUCCAAGCUCUUGAUAGGGGAUAAUAUAGCUGACUGCACUGCAUGGGACAUUCCUGAUACUAUUACUUAUGGUAUGUGACUGAUACUCAAACCUUUUGUGCCUGAAAUACUUUCUGUAAGUAAAUAAGCAUGUUUAAAGGUUAAAGAAUUCAAUUAUUCAUUUGGGGGAAAAAUCCAUUUUGUGAU